UUCCCUCCAUCUGACAUCGACAAUAUGGCUGUACAUAAUUGACAUAACGUAGAGGUUAAUCCAAGAAAAAGAAGUCAUUGAAUUUUCAUACUCGACGCAUCUUGAGCGUUUACCACUUGAUUCUACCGAGUGCUCGAAUAUUUCGGAAUGUCUGAAAUAAUACCUCCAAGGAUAAAAUAAAAAGAACAUUUGACAAGGGUGACGAUUAUGAAGUAAUCACCCGAUCGUUUACCAUAUACAAAUGUCAUUAUUUUCGAGAGAUUAUAUUUUAUUUCUCUACGUAAAAAAUGUCUAAAAUGGCGCAAAUACAAACUCCAAGCGCUGAUGGCCUUCCAAAACAUUUUGUUAGCGCAAUGCGUACGCUUUUCGAUAUAAUGGACGACCAGAACACUGGCUUCGUCAAGUUUUCCGACAUAGAAGGUCGAUGGCAGGACGAUGGUACUCAGGGCCUUCCUAAAGGAGUUUUAGAUAGUCUCAAAAAAGUCACACCGCCCAAUGGUUUUUUGUCCUUUGAAAGAUUUUGCGCGGGCUUGAAAAUCUGUUUGCUACAAAUUCAAGCCGAAGGUGAUUUCAAAAGGCACGAUGGACAGCCGAACAGACCACCGUCUGCUCCGAUUCUGAUUACGGAUAAUCAAAACAAAGGACAUUGGACGUCUCCCAACACUGCCACCAUAAGACCAAAUAAUGCUAUAUCUCAGCAACGUACUUUAAGUAUGCCACAAUUACUUGCCAAUCGUAAAGAUAUCAAUACUCAAUUGGAACUUAUAGAUGGAAGAAAUGGAGUAGAGGCUAAGCAUAAUAAAGCUUAUGGUCCUCCAAAACCACCACGAACCGGUGCUGCAUUAGAAGGUAGAGCACUUAGCGCGGAUAGGAAUAUUGAUAAAUCAGAAAUUCGAACGGUGCUUCAGAAUUGGCAAAUGGGUUUGAUGAUGAACGAUGACAAAUGUCUGGACAAACGGCAAUUGCCAAUGUCGAAUUAUCGAGCGGAUGCUAGGACCACGUUUUUAAGACCAACGCGGGCUUUAGGGGAUGGUAAAGCAGUGGAUCUACAAAACAACCAGUUAGGAUUACAACCCAAAAAACCAUUGAAUCGACGCAGAGAACCAAGACGACAUACGUUGCAGAAUGGUAUUGACUACAAUAUGAUGAAAAGAAUGAAACAAAUAGAACAAGAGAAGGAUGUUCUGUUGCAAGGUUUAGCAGCAGUCGACAAAGCUAGGGAAUGGUAUUUAAAACAAAUUUCAGCCACUCAAGAAAAAAUUAAACACUUGGGACGUAUGGGCUCGCACGUGGAACAGUGGACGGAAGCACAGCAGGAACGUUUGGAGUUACAACGUGCAAGAGUUUUGGAAGUUAAUCGGCAUCUUGCUGCUUUAAUAAGUAGCUGGGAACGUGGUGGAUUACCAUUGCACAUGAAUUUAGCAUUCUUGAGUGCGCCAACAUCGGCGCAACUUCAACAAGAUGUAUUAUCAAGACUUAAACAACAAAAUCAUAGAUUAACGGAGGAAGUUAACAAGAAGAGUCAGAGAAUAUCACUGCUCGAACAAGAAAAAGAUAAUUUAGUACGAGAAUUGUAUAAUAGACAAACAGGAAUGGUUCAAUCUCGUAGAGCAACUAUGAUCCACGAACAACACGACCAAACAUUCAUGUAAGAAUAUAAUUGAUCGAUUCUCAAGGCAAAGUGAUAUACUUAAAUAAAUUAUUAUUAAGUUUAAAACCAAAUUGUAGAUGUUGAAUGCAGUAUCAGUGCACUUUAUACCGAAUUCAUACAUUCAUUGCACAACCAAUGUAAGAAAAACAAAAAAAAAUAAAAAAAAACACACACACA